AUGUUUAAAGCAAAGAAAAUGCAAACAAUGAGACCAAAGAAAAAAGUGCCAAAGGGUACUUUACGAUAUGACCUUCAUAAAACAAUUAAAGAAGGUAUUUCAAAAGGAACAUUAAAAGAUUCUGUUAAAUGUCCAGCAAAUGGAAAUCAAAACGAAUGGCUAGCAGUUAAUUGCUUUGACUUUUUUAAUAAUAUACUGUUAAUAUAUUCAGCAGUAUCUGAUUUAUGUUCUCCAAAUGCAUGUCCGAUUAUGAAUGGAGGACCUAAUAUGGAAUAUCUUUGGAUGGAAAAUAAAAAAUCAGUUCAACUACCUGCACGAGAAUAUUGCGAAAAAUUAUUUGAGUGGGUUCAAACUUGCUUUGACGAUACUAAAAUAUUCCCUGCUGAAUUUACUGCUAAAGCACCGAAAGCAUUUAUGCCUACUUUAACAAAAAUAUUUAAACGAUUAUUCAGAGUAUAUGCACAUAUGUUCUAUAGUCAUGCCAAUCAUUUAAAAGAGUUGGACUUAAGUGAUCAAGCUUAUUUAGGAUUUAGACAUUUCUAUGUCUUUUGCAGAGAAUAUGAUUUAUUGUCUAAAGAAGAUAUUUCUCCAUUAGAACAGAUGAUCGAACCAAUUGACAAAGAGUUUAAUCUUAAAAAACUUAAUUAA